AUGGCCACCAUCGAGCCGCAACCGCCCGAGAGCGCCCUCGACGCGCGGGUCGAAGACUACCUCGAGGACAAGCUGCAGUCGGCCGCCGACCUCGACGCCCUCGACGCCCUGCUCGAGACGGUCGACCUCCAGCGCACGCAGCUCCAGACGCAGCUCGACGCCGCCGCGCGCGACCUCGACACGGCGCGCCGCACCGCCGACGACCGCCACGGCCUGAUGCAGGAGCGCAUCGCCGAGUUCCGCGCCCUGCAGGACAGCAUCGACGAGCGCGUGCGCGAGACCGCCGCCUCGGACGCCCCCGCCGAGGCCAUUGCCCGCCUGCAGCGUCCGAUGCAGAAGCUCAGGGCCGUCGAGCUGGCGCGGAAAUACCUCGUGCUGCUGCAGGACGUCGAGCGCCUGCGCAGGGACGCCAAGGUGCACCUCCCGGGCAGCCCCAAGGCGGCGCUCGAGCCCUACGCCCAGCUCAAGGAGCUCGCCCUCAAGCUGCGCGGCCUGCCCGGCAGCGAGGAUCUGCAUCUGGUGGACCACGUCGAGGCCGUGACGGAGAACCUCUGGGCGGAGAUGAAGCAGAUCAUGUCGGAUGAGCUGGAGGCCGUGCUCAAGAAGCGCAGCUGGCCGCGGGUCGACCCGCAGUCGGAGAUGGACGACGAGUGGAUCGCGUGCGUAGAGAAGCUCGUCGAUAUUCAGAUGCCCGAGAUAUUGCACAGCCCAGAGGUGGUGCCGCUGCUGCCUGUGGAUGUCAUGGCAAACAUUUUCGUGGCGGAAUUCCGCUUCCACUUCCUGAGCGACAAGCCGACGAGCAAGGCGCAGUCCGUGGGCAGCCACUGCUUUCCCUGGUUUCUGUCCAUUGUCGAAAAGUGGGAAGACUUCUUCCGCGAUAACUUGGCGCCUGUCCUAGCCGCAAAAUUUCACGAUACGCCAGUGGCGGAAAAGACAGUCUAUGCCGACCCCGUCUGCGCGCUCGUCACGUCUCUGCUGAUGGUGAUGCGAGAAAAGGUGCAUGCCGUGGCAAAGGAAGCUGUUGGCAACACACCGUUUCUGAGCACAUUCAUCGGCCAGCUCAUCAACUUUGACGACGCGAUCCGCUCGCGCUUCAACUACGACGGCGGCGACGCGGAGAAUGGCUGGCCGGGGCUCACGGCCGAAGUCCUCACCGACCACUUUGAGGUCUGGUUCGAAGCGGAGCGCAAGUUUGCGCUGGAGCGGUUCGAGACGAUCUUGGAGGCGCCAGACGCGCGCAGGAUUGACUACGACUACGCCGUGGUGGGCAAGAUGAAGCCGACGUUUGCGGCGGUGCGCAUUGCGGAUUUGCUGCGCACCAUCACGACAAAGUACGAGAGGCUGCGCUCAUUAAAGUAUAAAGUGCGCUUCUUGACGCGCAUCCAGCUCGAUAUUUUGGACGGCUAUCACGAGCGGCUGAAAGGGUCGCUGGAAGCAUACCAAUCCAUGACGUCGGCGCUGGGCCGCACGUUGCACGGCGCGACAAAGGAGCAGCUCGCUGCGCUGGAGGGCUUGGGUGCGCUGGAGACGCUGUGCAAGGUGAUUGGUAGUGCAGACCACAUUGUUAAUGCGCUGACGGAGUGGGGUGACGAAGAGUUUUUUACCGAGCUCUGGGACCAACUGCAAACAUCGUCUGGAUCGGCGGGUGGCAGCAGCGAGCUGGACGGCGAGCAGGAUAUUACCAGCUCCCAGCGCCAUAACGGCGCCAUCUUUGACGAGACGAUUGUGGCGUACAGCAGCCGUCGCAAGGCGGCCGAGGAGAUUCUGGUGUCGACGCUCACGGAUGCGCACGCAAAGGCGUUUCGUGCCUACACACAACGGCCUCAAUGGAAAACCAUUGGUGAUGCCGACACGAUAGAUCCAUCCCAAUUAUCGAUUACCGCUGAGCUGGAUCUACCGCUGUCAAAAUUAAAGGAGAAUUUCGACUUUUUAUACCGGGCGCUUUCCAGCGCCUCGUAUCGUCGCGUGUGGCACGGUGCGCUGAGCAAGCUUCAAGAUUUGCUGUGGCACAGUGUGCUCAUGAAGCACCACUUUACCACGUUGGGCGCCAUUCAGUUUGCGCAUGAUGGCCAGGCCCUCGCGGCCGUCAUCGAGCGGCAUCUGUCGGGCGGAUCGUCUGCCCUCGAGGAACUGCGCGAGGCCAUGGAGCUGCUGCGCCUGCCUAUAACGUUGCCAGAGGAUGUGACGGAGGGGCUGACGCUCAAGCAAGCGAGCGCGCGCGCAUUUACCGAUAAUGAUGCCGCGAGGGCGCUGCUCGAGGAGAUGCAGCUGCAGAGCCUGACGCCGGUGAAUGCGCGGCAUGUGCUGCAGCGGCGGGUGGAAAAUAAUGAGAACACGGGGUGGUAG